AUGAAAGAGGACUCCACACAUCCGUUAAUCGCCCAGCUGCGUCCGAUUUUUGUAGAACUAAAGAAUAGCACUUCUCAAACACUAGAUUCUGUCAUUUUUAAAUUAGAUUACAUUAUUGAAGAAGAGAAGGACGCCUUGUUUCAUCGGAAUGCCAUAAAGUCGUCCCCAGGCUCUAGCGCCAAAGUGUUAUUUAAUUGGAUUAAUCAGCAAAUCCGUGAGCUGUUUGAGAAAGCAGAUACAGAGCGAGCUGGGGUUCGUGUUCUCAAUGCACUUCUUAACGUUGAGUAUAUAGAGAUAAGUGAGAAAACAAAGUUUUUCUCUGAAUUGCUUGUUCACUUAGUGCUGGACACAGACGACGUCGUGGCAGCAGAAGAAGCGGCACAGGUAUGGGGCCAGUUGCUAACUAAUGGUUCUAGCGUUACAGAAGGUAUCAUCGCAAACAGUCUCAACUUUUCCAUGACUUUGCUCUUUCUCACAGGAUGGAAUUCCGAUUUUCUGAAAAAGAAUCCACUUCAUAUAGACGUUUUUGAUAAGGGCAGGCAUAAUUUAAGUAAUGAGGACCAAUUUGCAGAUUCAUCCAAGUACACUAAACUGUCAGGAUGUUUAUUAAUCGACCAGCUUUUAUGUUCUGUACCGUCAGCCACCAUAUCGUAUUUGCAUAUUAUAUUAAAUGGUCUGCGUUGUACUCUUAUUGAUAGUCAAAGGAUUGUUCGUUUGCGUGCUGCUGACAUGCUUUACAAUGCACUGCACGUUACCUAUCGUUCUACUGAUCCUGCCUUCUAUCAUCGUUGGCAGGACGUCUUACUAAAUGAUGUUUUAAAUGGGAUCACAUAUGACACAGGCAAUAUCCUACAUGGUGCUUUUUUAUCUUUUAAUACCAUUUUGGCCUCCAUCACCAUAUGCGAAGGAGAUCGAGUUGUAAAUUUUACGAAACAUGGUGCUUAUGUUGUUCAGCAAGUGUGGCACUUUAUCAACCAACACAUCGUUCCCAUGUCAUUUUCGCAAGACAUUCGUAAGGCCAUGUUCGAUACGUUGCCUCGUUUGGCGAAGUAUAACAUUGAAUUGUUCAAGGAAUUAACGUUAUCAAAGGUUCAGGAAGUAGCAGAAGUAUAUUUCACUUCGACUGAUGUAGCAUUGACCGACGAGCGUCCAAUGCUUUUCCGUACUAUUAACAAACUCAUUGUAGUGAAACCGACAACAGUACUAUCGUUUCUGGACCGCUUAGUGGCGUAUAUUGAGAUGUCUCUUGUAAAGCGACCUAAUCGUGAUCGUUGUGAGGAGGCGGUUUCUUGCUUUGCAAUCAUGUCAGAAGCAGCGCCAAAUGCCGUUAGGCCCUUUUUACGGUAUAUUCUUGCUCCUCUAUUUGCUGGCAUCAUUACAAUAAGGUUCACUCUAGAUAUUGCUAAAAUUUGCACAGCUUUCCCCGAGUUGCGUUCAACUUGUCUAUCUAAAAUGCUAGAGGCUACUAAGUUACAGCUUAAAACUGCAUACCUUUGCCAGUCGACUACUUGUCGCAAUAAGGGAUCCGUCCCAGUGGAUGACACAUUACAGUGUAUUUUAGAAAAUUUGAAGGCACUUGGCAGCUUGGAUUUUACAGGUUAUUCCACUCUGCAGUUUUUAUCAGAUUCUGUGUUGCGUUACGUGUCUAACCCACAUGAUGAAGUGCGCCGUGCUGCCAUUGAUCUUUGUUUUAGACUUGUUCUAUCUGGUUGUAGUCACUCCCCAUGCGUACGUGCUGAGGAAAAUUAUAUUAUUCACCGGGGUCGUGAACACAUACGCUUAAUUAAUACUGUUAUCAAACGACUUGUUAAUGCUGCAGUGGCUGAUCCUGAGAGUGACAUUCGUCUAUACACGCUUAACCGCUUUACAGAAGAAUACGAUACUACCCUUGCCUUGCAAGAUAUCGCUAGUUCCUUGUUUCCUGCGCUUCAGGAUAAAUAUCAGAACCGCAUCGCCGCGGUACGCCUGCUUGGCCGUAUAUCGUGGCGCAAUCCAGCGUGUGUGUAUCCCAUGCUCCGCCGUGUGGUGGUGCAAUGUAUCACAGAUAUUCAACUAUUCCACGUUAUCAAAAAGCAAGAGCAGGCUACAGCGAUUCUCAGUGUUGUUGUGGAAUCAGCUUCCGAUAUGAUCCGCCCGUACUUGUCAACGUUGUUGCAUGAUUGUGUGAAGAGAUUACAGGAACGCGACCAACCAGUGUCUGUUCAGACGGUGCUUCUUUCCUGUUUGGGAAAGUUGGCGCGUUAUUCAGAGGGUGCGGAUGCGGACGUUGUGGCAGCUAUUCGUUCUGUUGUUGUGGAGCAUAUUUUAGAUUCGUCUAACAUUCAUAAGAAGCAAGAAGCAAUUCGUGCUUUAGUCGAUAUUAUACGUACAACAAAAGAAGUUAAUGUGUACGAGUCCCAUUCAGAGCUACUUCCUGUUCUUCUCUCUGCAUUGCAUGGCGGUUUUAAGGAAACGUGGCCAGUGCGUUUAGAUGUACUGAAGCUCAUGGGUGUCAUUGGCGCAGUAGGACCUGUGCGUGUGAAGAAGAUAACACGGUGCCUACGGGAUAACGGUAUGGUGGGAUCAAGUCCUAGUGAGGCUCUUUUGCCCUUAAAUGGCAGCCGCGACGAGGACGCCAUCGCGCAAAGUGUAGUCAAAAAUGUUCUUAACGUACUUCAACUUCCCUCCCUUUCAGAUGAUCAAUGCAUGUGUGGAGUGCAAGUUAUUGCAAACGUUCUAUCUGUUAAGGAGUCCGUUGGCGACAGUCUAGUUCCAUUUCAUCGUGACAUCAUCUCCACUAUCCUCUACCACGUGUGUAACCAACCGAAGGUCCGAGACCGACUCUUAAAUGUUCUAGCUCGCAUUGUGUACUUGAUGGGGCAACACAUUCGGCCUUAUUCCGGCAUGCUCCUCUCUACAGUUGUUAGUUUUUUACCUUCUGCUGAGACACCAGUGUUAAUGGAAGUUCUUUGUCUGGCAAGUGAGCUGCGGUGGUCUCUCAAGAAGGAGUUUCGUCCACACUUGUCUAAUUUGUUGCCUCCACUUCUUAUUACUUUACAAGCUGAUCCAGUGAACUCCGGGGAGCCCAUUUUUGCCUUUUUGAUCGAGAUGAGCACACUUUUGGACAGCCACUUACACAAUGUUUUACCUUGUGUGUGUGAUGUGGCGAUUAAUUCAAGCUACCCUGCUUCGUGCCGCAUUGCAGCUGUGGAUGCACUCCGUCAUUUUGCUAAAAGGCUGCCCCACUUAGCCUUUCAUGCCACCCGUGUUAUUCACUGUUUGUGUCGCGUAUUGAAAGAUUUGGAGGAAGUGGCCAUGAAGCAGACUAACUCAAGCGCGGCACACUUUCACAAUAGAAUCCGAAGUAUCGAUACUUUACACGUACACGAUCCCAUUUUUAACUGUUUAGUUGAAGUAACUCUUGAUGCAUUGAGCGAUGUGGCACGAAACUUGGGCAGUGACUUUGCCAAGUACAUUCCCAUGGUAUUUCUUGUUCUAGAGAUGUAUGGAAGUGAUGGCGAGGAGGUGAAAUGCUUUAUUUCCUCAGUGGUUCGUGGUGGAGGGCGCGUUCUAGCCUCGGAUGUCCAGCGCUCGGCUGAAGAAGCAUCUGAGCGUCACAGGACUAAUUAUCCUUCCCAACGAUGCAAGUCCGGGGAUGCUUUUGCUUCGCUGCUCACUGUGCUUAGCGUUCGUGACCGAGAAACGGAGGAGGAUUGGAAUUUGUGGCUAAAACAGAUGGCAGUGGAGCUACUUCGCUCCAGCCCAGCCCUCUCGCAUGGGUUUGCAUGUCCUUUGGCGCAGAUACAUGAGCCUUUUGCGCGCCACAUGUUGCACUCCGCUUUUGCAGUAUGCUUUGGUGAAAUGGAUAAUGAUACUCGUGAGACAGUGAUCAAGAUGCUUGGGAAUGUGCUACGCAGUGAGCGAGUCCCAUCGGAGGUGCUCCAGGGGCUUCUAAAUCUUUCAGAAUAUAUGGAACGAGUUGAAAUGCGUUUUAACCCGAGGCAAGGUUCACAAGGAGCAUAUCAGGGUCCCUUAUUUGACCUUAAGACGCUCAUGGACAGCAGCGAGCGAUGCAAUUUGUUCGCUAAAGCGCUUCACUACGUUGAGAUUGAAUUCUACAAAACUACUUAUGAAUAUGAACUAAGUGUCAUGCGAGGGCUACCCAAGCCACUUCCGCCUGAGAAGUGGAGCAGUUUGAUCCAGUUGUGUGAAAAAAGUAUAUAUCUUUGCAACCUUCUCGGGCAACGUGAAAGUGCAGAAGGGAUGCUGAAAUACAUUCAAAACAAUUUUUCUUUUUUGACUGGCCGUGGAGAAGCUGAGUUACCACGUAUUAUGGACGCGCAGCUUUUUGAGAAAUUGCAGUGGUGGACCCAGAGUCUCCGGGCAUAUGAAGAGGGGUUGAUCAAAGAGCCAAAUACACUAUCAAGUAUGUCGGGGCUCAUGCGGUCGUUAGAUAAUUUAGGUGACUCAGGUAGGUUGAUGGAGUCAUGGAAGUGUUUUCUUCCGCGUGUGGGUCGGAAAGACGCGGCCGAACUUGCGCCGUACGGGGCCCGCGCAGCUUGGUUGCUGCGGCGCUGGGACGAUAUGGCUAAAAUCACCGAGUACAUAACAGACGAAGGCUAUGUGGGUACAACAGCAGUUUUCUAUCGUGCUGUUUUGGCCACUUACCGUAAGCAGUUUCGUGAAGCCGAACGACUCAUCGAGUUGUGUCGUAAGCGUCUUGACUCAACUCUUUCAGCACUAGUUGCGGAGAGCUACGACCGUGCUUAUGGGCCUUUUGUCGGUAUUCAGCAACUGAGCGAACUGGAGGAAUUUGCUUUUGUUGCCCGCAACUCCAAAGAGCUGAAUCAUUGGCAGAAGCUUUGGGAAAAACGUCUGAGUGUUAUGGGGUAUUCAGGAUGGGCUGGUACCAUAGCGAAUCAUACCCUUGUGAUCCCACCCCAGCAGGAGUUGGAUAUGUGGCUCUGUUUUGCAUCUCUUUCGCGCUUGCAUGGGCGUAAGCAAACUUCAAGUGAGGUCUUAUAUGAAUUACUUGGUUCUCAGACAAUUAAUAAUGCUUUGAACCAACAGACACCUCCGAACCCGGCAAUCGCUCUCGCAGCGUUCCAACAUCUUUACGAUACCCAACAACGAGAUCAGGCGAUAGAACUGUUGAGUUCAUAUUUAGAAAGAAUUGAAAGCCUAGAUGAGGCGUUGUACCUCGACGGCAAGGAAAGGAGCUUAGCGUUGUCCUACUCCAAGCUCGCUGAUUGGCUUUUGGUAAAGAGGAAAAACCAACUUGUCGACGGUAUUCAUUCUCAUGUUUGCGACAAAGUUGCCAAUCAUUUAUUGAGAGCUACAAGCUUGGAUGCACAGAACGGCGCUAUUUGGCACUCCUGGGCGCGUUUCCACCAUAGCCUUGUGACUAAAAAGCAUCACAACACGGACAUCAAGCAAGAUGAAUUCAUUGAAAACAUUAUCUCCGCUGUUGACGGAUACAUCCGUAGUAUUUGCCUCUCACAAGAACUGGAAGAUGUCUUGGGUUUCUUGUCAUUGUGGUUCAUGCAUGCAUCGCUACCGCAAGUUCGAAACAGCAAUACUCUUCAGUCUGGAAUCGUUCAAAUUACCCCGCGUGUGUGGCUCAAGGUCAUUCCCCAAAUUAUUGCUCGACUGCAUUCACGUGAUGUUGUGGUGUCAGACUCGGUUCAUCGGCUGUUGGUCAUUAUCGCAAAAUCUCACCCACAGGCCCUUUUGUAUAGUUUAAAUUUCACAAACAGGAUAGGUCAGGGCGCAGGUCCUGAACAAAUGGAGCGCAGAAGGGCUGCGCAAAGAAUACUCUCCCGAAUUGUAGAGCUGCAUCAUAAUGGGUCUACCAUGGUUCAUGACGCUGCGCUUGUUUGCCAGGAGCUUGUGCGCUGCGCUGUGGGUUGGAUCGAGCUAUGGUUCGAUGAAUUAGAACGGGCAUGGCACCAGUGGGGGCGUGAUAGGAAUCCCAAUAACGUGUUAAUGACACUCAAGCCUCUACUGGAUCAACUUAAAUCCCCCCAAACAUUGGCUGAGUCCCAUUUUGUCGCAGAAUUCGGAGAAUUUUUGUAUGGGGCAUAUGAGGCCGUAGAGAAGGCAGCAUCGCUGGGCAACUGCAUUUUCAUGGAGGAGGCUUGGAGCCGCUUUAAGGUUGCCGUGAAGAGGAUGGACGACCAGAUUAGCAAUAUGACUUCUUUGGCCUUACAACUGGUAAGUCCCAAUCUUCUCCAUGACGGUAAGAAUUUGUCUCUUGUCGUGCCUGGUCAAUAUAAUGAAAACGGGCACUAUCCACGUAUUGCUUUAUUUCAGAGCACUCUCAAAGUAAUGAACUCAAAACAGCACCCAAGGCGUCUGUAUCUAAACGGAACUGAUGGUGUCGUUUACAAGUUUCUCUUAAAAGGGCAUGAAGACCUUCGUUUGGAUGAGCGUAUUAUGCAAUUGCUCGACUUUGUCAACACGCUGUUCGAAAAACAUUCCACCAUUCAACAACAGAAUUGCAUGAUUCAAGUAUAUUCGGUGACACCACUCAGUGAUAAUGCUGGUCUCGUUGGUUGGGUUGACAACUGUGAUACUCUGCAUCAACUCAUAAAAGCGCACCGUGUCCACUCUAGACAUCUUUCUCGCGAGAUUAAUCUGAUGCUUAGCUAUGGUGUAGAUCUUGACCGCUUGACAUGCAUUCAACAUGUUGAACCCUUUGAAUUUGCUUUAGAAAAUACAGAGGGCAAUGAUCUCAUGAAUUCACUUUGGAUGCGAGCCCCCAGUGCUGAAUCUUGGCUUGACAGACGUACUACUUACGUCAGUUCGCUUGCCACUAUGUCCAUGGUAGGACAUAUUCUGGGAUUGGGUGACCGCCACCCGUCCAAUCUCAUGGUUCACACUUUUAGUGGGCGUGUAGUGCAUAUUGACUUUGGUGAUUGUUUCGAAGUUGCACAAACGCGCAACACUUUUCCUGAAAAGGUUCCCUUUCGUCUUACCCGAAUGUUGAUAAAAGCGAUGGAGAUGGGCGGGAUUGAUGGCAUUUUUCGACACGGAUGCAUUGCUGUCAUGAGCAUGUUAAGAGAGGAGGGAAGCAGCAUAUUGGCACUGCUGGAGGCUUUUGUUCAUGAUCCAUUAGUCUCGUGGUGGAGAGACGAAUCCACCGAGAGCGACUUGCAUUACUCCAAAGUGAGUGUUCAGGAAAACCAUUCUCAAAUUAGUGCUUACUCAGCUUUGGGAGAAUCCUUCAAGCGAUAUUCAGCUGACUAUAAGGGGUGUGGCGGUAGUUUGAAUCGAUGCCCCGUGCGCCAGGUGAGCAUGCCUUCUAGAUCGGUUUGCGUGGGAUCAUUGACACCUGCCAACACUGCAAUUAGUAAGCAUUCUUCGGUAAACGACAGUGGUGACUCACGGCAUCAGCAGACAUCAAAAGCUCAGAAGGUGGUACAUCGUAUCCAACAGAAAUUAGAAGGUCGUGACUUUCCAGAGCUCUUCUCGAAACGAUAUGGUGGGUCAAUGUAUGAUGGCGGGCUCUCUGUUAAAUCUCAGGUGGCCCGAUUAAUUGAAGAAGCAAAAUCGAAUGAGAACCUGUGUCAGCAUUUCCAAGGUUGGUGCCCAUUUUGGUAA